AACCCGCGCUUACCGCUUACCUGAGACCGACAACCGCCGUUCAGAAAUCAUUUUACAGAUCAGUAAAUUAGACAGUACCCGUUUUCCCACCUCUUCUGACUUGGCAAGCUAACACUGCCGAUUCGUAAACCGAACAGCAUGUAAGCAAUUUACCGUGUCAAUUUCCAUGGAUCGGUUGUUCUGUUCUGUAGUCUGUAGUCUGUAGUUGGAUAGAAGCAGGUCUGUAACGUGUGGUGUGCCGUGGUGUUGUUACCUGUGCCUGUACGUUGAUUUAAAACUGAACUUCAAAGUUGAAUGGCCUAGGAUGUACAUCGCUAUUUAACUGUAUAUUGCUAGUGCAGUGGAGUGAUGUUGAAUAUUUUAAUAACAAUGGUAAAUUAUUAACUUUACAGGUUUUGUGAAUUGUCACGGCCACUCUUCAGGUUUUUAUCUUAUUAUGGACUGUAUUUUUUGUUCCAAGCCACGAAUAAUUCACUGCAAAAUAAUUCUUUUGGAUGAACAAGAGUUUAUUCACGAAAUCGAGGAUACUUACACUGGGCAAGCAUUGCUCGAUGUCGUGUUCCGUAACUUAAAUCUACUCGAAACAGCUUAUUUCGGUUUGCGCUAUUUGGAUCAAACCGGUCAAACCCAUUGGUUGGAUCCUGCUAAAAUACUUAGCAAACAAAUUAAAGGUUCUGAUCCCUUCACUUUUUAUUUUGGGGUGAAAUUUUACGCUGCCGACCCUUGCAAGUUGUUAGAAGAAAUUACGAGGUAUCAAUUUUUUCUGCAAGUUAAACAAGACAUUUUACAAGAACGUUUAUUGGUGCCAUUCGAGCUUGCUGCAGAAUUAGGCGCGUACAUCGUUCAGUCUGAAUUGGGGGAUUAUGACCCCCGGCGUCACAGUAAAGGUUACGUUUCUGAAUUUCGUUUCCUUCCUAAUCAAAGUAUAGAUUUAGAAACGAGAAUUGCAGAACUUCACAAAACUUUAGUAGGUCAGUUACCAUCUGUAGCGGAACUAAACUACCUCGAAAAAGUAAAAUGGCUCGAAAUGUACGGAGUUGAUCUACACCCAGUAUUGUCAAAUGAACAGGGGGAGGACAGCGUGGAGUACUUUCUAGGAUUAACACCAAGCGGAAUAAUAGUACUGAGGAAUAAAACGACAGUAGGAAAUUAUUAUUGGCCAAGGAUUACGAAAAUAUAUUUUAAAGGUCGAUAUUUUAUGUUAAGGGUCAUCGAUAAAAACAACGACGAAAGUACGUACGGAUUCGAAACCCCGUCGAAAUCUGGCUGUAAGCACUUGUGGAAAUGUUGUGUCGAACAUCAUGCCUUUUUUAGAUUGGUUCAGGUAGCACCGACGACACCUGAUAUCUUCGCGUUAGGAUCAAGGUUUAGAUAUAGUGGCAGAACUGAAAAACAGGCUGUAAGAGAUGCGCAGAUGAAAGUUAGAACUCCACCUUCGUUUUCUAGGACACCUUCAAGACGAUACCAAAGACGAAUUGCAGAAGGAAUGGCUGAACAAUUACCAACGGAUGAAACAUAUGGACGUUCCCAAACUCAGUCACAACUUCAAGAAAUGAAAUUCAUUUCGGUGCCUCAACCUGUCCAAAAUUUCGGAGGUUCUCAUCCGUCCUUCGUCGCACCGAAUGAAGAAACCAAACGUACAGAUUCUCCAAGAAGUAUUAAGAGCGCUCCUUGGUCGCAACCACAUUCCAAAGGUCUUUACAACAAUUCUAUUCCUGUUAGUCCACGAUCGGUACGUUCAGCAGGUCCUCGAUACAGAUCGUCAUCUCUCGACAGCCAAAGCUCUAAUGAUUCUCGUUCUUGUAAAAAGCGAAAACAUCGUAGCAAAUUAACUUCUGAUAAUGAAAGCGAAUUAUCUAAAAGUUCAAAUAGAUCUCACCGAAAGCACAGAAGACGUAGAUCAAAAAGUUCCAGAAGAGACUCGGAAUCAGAACCUGAAUUACAUGACAGAAAAUAUUCGAAUAAAAGGCAAACGGAUCAUCAGUACGAACUCGUCAAUUCUGAUUAUCAGUGGCAGGAAGUUCAAAGAAAAUUACAUAACGAAGGUAAUUCUAAUAGCAUCCAACAGGCUAACGUAAUCAGUAGUCGGCGAUCCCACCAUCAAGCGUACAACGAAGUUAGAAACGAUUGUGACAUAGGUUAUAGUAAUAAAGUUCGUAAACAUCGCAAACAUAGAUCUCGAUCUCGCUCACCCUCCGAAGCUAAGUCGUGGCUUUCCGAAGAAUUAAAAAAACAUUUAGAAUUUGAUCUUAUCGACACUACGGGCAUGUCUGAUUCACAACUGAAAGAAAUUCCAUAUACGGUAGUUCAAACAAAUAAACCUAAACAUGUUAAGAAGCUUAAACAAUCACAGUGGAAUAAGAGUAUUCAUGAUGACAAGACCUGUAAUACGCCACCCCCACCGUAUUCACCACACAUAACUGAAACGCAUAGAAUGCGUAAUGUUUGCUUAGGUCAUUAUAAUUUAAAUGAUGAUUUGCCAAUCCAAAUGUCCUGCAAUAGCAGUGAUAUUAAUAUUGCUGACACGCUUCUGCCCAGGAUGUUUAACACGUUAGAUGUUGGAAAUUUUCCAAAUAAUUUUAGUCAUCUUUCUAAAAACAAAGAUACGGCUAGUUACAAUGCCAUUGUGGAUAGGAGACACGACAAUUCAGACCAUUUAGGAAUAAGCCACGAACAUACGGAUUCUGGUUUGGGAACCGAACAAGACUGCAUUUAUAAUAGCGACAAUAAAUCUAGAGAUUAUUGCAGUGAGAAUAACAGGAUAGCGCUUAACAACGUCGAAGAUUAUUUAUUGAUUUCAGGUUCAGAGAGAUUGUCCAGUGCUGCUGAACACCACCUAUUGUCGGAAACAUCAGAAGCAGCUACUACCAACGAGAAUGCUACAAACACUUCAGCGGUAGAUUUGUCUGAAAUGAGUACAGAGUUGUAAUUUCUA